GGCCGAGGAACUGCAUUUUUAGUUUUAAUUAAAAUUUAAACGGAAAUAGCCCACUGUCUGGACAGUGUUGUUGUAGAGCCUUCCUAAAUCCUACCCAGCCUUCUACCCUCCCUGUAUGCAGAGGUACUUCCUUGGAUCUGCCUUCUAAAUUGGUCACUUCACUAAUGUGUGUGAAUCUACACUUGCUACUAACAAUUUCCCUCUCCCCCUCCCCUUGCUUUAGCACUCUUAAUUCCUAGCAUUGUUAUUUCACCUUUUGGGGCACAGCAUGGCCACCAUGAGGUGCUUCCCACUGUUAGGAGCACCAUUCAUAGUCUACUCAGUCUGAGUCUCUUCAACUCCCCAACUGACAGGUAUCUAGGCCGCCAAGAUGCCAGGGCCAAGACCUCGGAAGGGCCCUCAAGCCAGUGGCCAGGGUGUGGCAGCUGCCAAGCAGCUGGGGCUUUUUGUGGAGUUCAAUCCUGAGGAGAUGCUGCUGGGGAUGGACGAGACUGAAGAUGAUGGGGACCUGGAGGCUGAGCUGCUGGCUCUCACAGGGGAAGCAGGGAGCACAGUGAGGAAGCCAGCACCCAAGGCACAGGCACCUCUGCCCAUGGCCCACAUCGAGAAGCUGGCAGCAGAUUGUAUGCAGGAAGUGGAGGAUGAAGAAGAUGAGGAGGAAGGACUGGAGGAGGAUACAGAUCUGCUAACAGAGCUGCAGGAGGUCCUGGGUGUGGAUGAAGAAAUUGGAUCACUGGAUGGUGGUGAGGCCAAAAGCCCAGACCUCUCUGAGGAGGAUAAGAGGCAGGAAGACACUGAACCUCCAAUGAAGACAGCCUUCCUCAUGGCUUCCAGCCCGGUGACUGAGGUUGGUGAGCCUCGGGGACUACAGGCUUUGCUGGAGGAACGGAUCCAUAACUACAAGGAAGCUGUAGCCAGUGCCAAGGAGGCUGGUGAAGCAGCGAAAGCCAGGCGCUGUGAACGAGGUCUGAAGACUCUGGAGUCCCAGCUUGCUACUGUGAGGAAAGGCAGAAAGAUCAAUGAGGAUGAGAUCCCACCACCAGUGGCCUUGGGCAAGAGACCCCCUGCCACCCAGGAAACUAGUAGAAAUCUGAAGGCGGACUCUCCAGCUCUUCCUGCCAUGGACCCAGACAGUUCUUCACAACAUGAGACCAGCCUCCCAGAAAGCUCUGCCAUUGCUGCCUCACCUGAUUCUGCCGCAGACCCACAAGCCCUCCUCUUGGCUCGACAGAGAGAGUACAAGGUGGCUGCUCUCACUGCAAAGCGUGCUGGAGAUCUAGACCGGGCCCGAGAGCUCAUGAAGAUUGGGAAGAGAUUCGGUGCUGUCCUGGAGGCCCUGGAGAAGGGGCAGCCUGUGGACUUGAGCGCUAUGCCCCCGGCACCUGCAGAUCUGAAGGAACUCUCACAGGCUUCUAAGAUGCCGACAGCAGUCCCAGGCCUGUCCCCAGCAGUGGAGCGGGUACAGCCAGUGAUGGCCCCUGCCAUCCCAGCGACCGCAGUGGCCCCUGCAGAGCCACAGACAGUGCUGGACGCCCUCCAGCAAAGGCUGAACAAGUACCGAGAAGCCAGUAUCCAGGCCCGGGCCAGUGGGGAUGAGCGCAAGGCCCGGAUGCAUGAACGAAUUGCCAAGCAAUAUCAGGAUGCUAUUCGAGCACAUCGAGUAGGACGGAGAGUGGACUUCGCUGAGUUGCCUGUUCCUCCAGGAUUUCCCCCCAUCCCUGGCUUGGAAUCCAAUGUGGGCACCUCAGAAGACUCAGUGGCAGCAACUUUGGCAGCUGCCCAAAGACUAGCCUCAGAGGAUGCGGCCCCAGCAGAUGAAGAUGAGGAUGAGGACAAGGGUGAGACCCCAGCGCAGGCCCCAGUGGCCAAGAAGCCGGCACAGCCUUUGGGCCCUCCAGCCCGGUCCUUACCUGAAUCUAAAGCUUCAAGUUCUAAGGAGUCACUGAAUCCAUCUGUGCAGGAGCAGUUAGCAUUGCUGGAGGCUCGGAAACUGCAGUAUCAGCGAGCAGCUCUGCAAGCCAAGCGCAGGCAGGACCUGGAGCAGGCCAAAGCUCACAUGCGGGUUGCCAAAUGUCUUGAGGCUCAGAUUGCUCAGGCCAGAGUUGGCCGACCUGUUGACUUUUCAAAGGUGCCUUCACCCUUGACGGAUGAAGAGGGUGAUUUCAUCCUUAUCCACCAUGAGGACCUGCGACUAUCCCAGAAGGCUGAGGAGGUAUAUGCCCAGCUACAAAAAAUGCUUUUGGAGCAACAUGAGAAGUGCCUGCUGUUCUCCAAGCAGUUCAUGCACCAGGGCAAUGUGGCUGAGACAACCCGGUUUGAGAAGCUUGCUGAGGACCGUAAGAGACAGCUUGAUAUCCUGCAGCUGGCUCAGGCCCAGGGCCUCGAUCCUCCCAGCCACCACUUUGAGUUGAAGACAUUCCAGACUGUGAGGAUCUUCUCAGAGCUCAAUAGCACAGAAAUGCAUCUCAUCAUUGUCCGGGGAAUGAACCUCCCAGCCCCUCCAGGGGUGACCCCUGAUGACUUGGAUGCUUUUGUGCGGUUUGAGUUUCACUACCCUAACUCGGACCAGGCUCAAAAAAGCAAAACGGCUGUGGUGAAGAACACAAACUCCCCAGAAUUUGAUCAAGUCUUUAAACUAAACAUCAACCGAAACCACAGAGGCUUCAGGAGGGUGAUCCAGAGCAAAGGAAUCAAGUUUGAAAUCUUCCAUAAAGGAUCUUUCUUCAGAAGUGAUAAGCUGGUUGGCACAGCACACCUGAAAUUAGAACGACUGGAGAAUGAGUGUGAGAUAAGAGAAAUUCUGGAGGUCCUUGAUGGAAGGAAGCCCACUGGCGGGAAGCUGGAGGUAAAGGUGAGGCUGCGAGAGCCUCUGAGCGGGCAGGAUGUGCAGAUGGUCACUGAGAACUGGCUGGUCCUGGAGCCCAGGGGCCUGUGAGCAGGUGGUCAGCACUAGGAGAGAACCAACCAGCGGUGAUGUGAACCAAUUGGCUUUCCCAGCUUCACUAGCUUUGAAAGUCUUUGUAUAUAAGAGAUGCUGCUACACAAGCACCAAAGACCUAGAGAAUGGGCCCUACUAACCAUGGUUCUGGCUUUCCUCUUACGGGCCCCUUCUAAGCCUUCAUGGAAGCAGGCUGGAUCCCAGAAGCUACCCCAACCUGCCCUAAAUGUGGGUGAAGGCAAGGAAGGAUUCCCUCAUUGCUCUGUCAUGGAGUACUUCAGCCCCUUAACCUCUGCAUUGCAACUGUGUGCAGCUUACCCCUGCUCCCAGUUGUACUAUUUCUGGAUGUGCCUUUAAAAGAUGUAACUGAAGGGACAGGAUGUGUGACGGUGAUCGGAACUUCCACUAGUGUUCCGUGAUAGCUGGUUAGUCCCGUUCAGCCAAGUUUACCCCAAUUCUGCCUGUGCCUGUGCCUUUGUUCCUGACAGCUGCUGCACUAGCCUUCCUGCUUCCCAAGGGACAAAGUGGAAGAGGAAAGAUACUUAUGGUACUACUUUGGUGGGAAAUAAGGGUAAGGUUGUAUCUCGGGUUUGGUCCAUGUACCUAAGAAGGAAGACUGAUAACAGAGGAAAAAAAUACAUAUAUAUUUAUAUUAAAGUUUAUGUAGUCAUUUUUAUUUAAGAAACUAGGUCUCGCUCGUUGUAGGGAUUUUAUUCUCUACACACAGUGUAAACCAUCAGUCUAAAACAACAGUCCGCUUUAAAAGCCAAGCUCACAGUAACACGGAGCCACUGCACUUGUGGCUUCCUCACUUGAGAGAAAAGAAGGGGAAGAAAACUCUUCCCCUCAGCUGAUCACCUGAGAUUUCCCUUAAUUCUUUCCACAAAGUUUUCCUGUGGAUGGAAACAAUGAAGGGAUUUGUAGUAUAUUUAAUAUUCAAAACUACAGUAUUCUACAUUUUUUUAAGAAAUAAACACCCUAUUCCCUAUCUCUUUUUUUGAAGCAUUAUGUUCAAUGAAGUGUUCUUCAAGAUUGUUACUAAAACCUGUAAUGAAGCGCUUAUUAUAGUAUUGUAUAAGCAUAGCUCAGGGACUGAAUUCAAGCAUGUGUUGGGAAUAACAGGGACAGGCCAUGCUUCUGUGCCCCAAAGAACAGAGCCUAGUGAAUAAUACAGCAGGACUACUAUCAAAGGAUUUUUCUAACAGCCCUCUAGCUCCUAUCUUUCCUGUCAUUUGUGAGCUAGACAUACAUGAGAGAUUGAACCCUCAAUUGCUGUCUUAUAUGUCAAAAAGUAAUCUAGCAUGAAAAGAAGGGUCAUCACCUUUGUGAAAUGACCUAGAGCAAAAAGGGCUGGCCUGAAGGAUGCAACCAGUCCUUAACUUCACUUUUGUGUUUGCAUCCAACCCAGAAUGUGCCAAAAAGGUGGAAUUAUCCUCAAGUUCUAAAUUCAUGCCUGUGCUAGGAAUAUUGUUUCAGUCAGACAUUUUCCGUGGCUCUGAAGGUUUUUUCUUAGGCAGCCCGCUUAAUUUCAGUGUGCUUCAGCUGAGAUGCCCCACAAAGCCACCCACUGGACUUAGAGACUAAGGUUCUUAAAAGGCCUUUGUUGUGGCCAGCACAUUCAUGGGAGUGGGAGUGGCUUGCAGAGCUUCAUCUUAUCCUUAGAUCUGUCCAAAUAAAGUAACCAGCAUUGGAGGUGGGGAAGACUAGGAACUAGCCACAGUCCAAGUAAUCUUCAAAUUUUAUAUUGUUUGGUCUAGUACAGAAUAUACUUCUGAAUUGGCAAACUGAAGAAAUUUUAGCAUUAGGAAGCUUUGGUCAAAGUGCAAAUUCUUGAGUGACUUUAACAUUCUUUUUUCUCUGAAACCUGCACAGUUGCUUUCAAAUUCUCAAUACUUACUUUCCAAAUAUUUGUGGUCUCUCUUUUAAGAUUUUGGUCUUUUCAGGUUGAACCCAACAUUGGGGCUGAGAUAGGUGGAUACAGGGAACUUGCACCUGGUCUAGCUCUAUCCCAGGUGGAUUCUUCUCCUUCUCUGGGUAUCAUUCUUUUUCCACCCCCUGGCCCUUGUAUUUGUACAAUCCCUAACAAGUCUCAAUGAGUUUUAGUAAACUAGAAACCUCCAUCACAGCUUAAUUUCAGAAAGUGUUGAACAGAUUAUCUGAAAUAAUUUCUUAUGACCAUAGAUAAAUCAGAAGUUUGAGGCUUACCAGCAGGAACCAAUCUAAGUAAGGAAAUUACACAGUUAGAUCCCCCAUAAGUCCAGGUGUUCAGAAAUUGUUGCUAAGAAUAACGGGAGAAACUACACUGCCAGGCCAUUUUAUAAACAUGCAAUUUUUUUUUAAUUUAGUAAUUACCAGAAUGGCAAUUUUGUUCCUUUUCAGUUGUCUUUAAGUUUACAAUAUAGAAAAUGUCUGAUUAGGAAUGUAACGUUUCAGCAUUUAACUUUGUAUGAUAUAAAACCAAAGAUAAGAAGGGGAAAAACUAGUUUUAGUUGUUUAUGUCCUGUUUCACAGGAUGGUUUUUCUACACAUAAAGGGCAUUUUACACAGUUAAGAAUGGACCCGAUUAUACAAGGCCAGAGCUUGAGUGGGAGAGUUAAAAGCUUGCAUUGACUGUGAAGAAAUCUGUACAAUGGCAAACUGUAUUUGUUGGGAGCAGGAAGAAAAGAGCUAGGAAAUCAGGACAAGCCUCUAGAAGCCCUGGACUUGUGAGGUACAUUUAUACUAAGCUUGCUAUGGACACCACAUAUACCUGCCCUUGUAAACAACUGCUGUGGGUCUCGUCUGGUUGGUGGGGUAGUAGUCUGGCAGUCCCAGGGCUCCAUCCUUUACAACUAAUGCUGUGUAAGCUAAAUAGCCCCUGAGAAGCUUGGUGCCUCUGGUCUAUGAGAAAACUUACAAUCAAUUCUCUGUAGGUUUUAUCAGCAAAGAUGGGAGGGAGAUGUGGAAUGUAAUCCUCACCCAGCCCCAUGAAGAGGAUAAACUCAGCCAGACAUACUUCAGACUAGGCUUUUGAGAAUCUGGAAAAUAGCUUCAACCUCAAACAGCUGUAUAGCCUGUUAUUGCCAAGUGUUGGGCCCAGCUGUAGCUUGGGAAACAGCCUCUCACUGUCCUGGAACCCAGAACAUUUGAAGAACACUUUGGCUGCAGAGACUAAAUCCUGUACUAAAUUCUGGACUUUGAGAUGAUGUUAAAUAUAAUGGAGUGGGUUUCCUGAGAGCAAGAGUUUUCAAAUUGGGUUGUGACAUCCUUUAAUAAGAAAAUGAGCACGGUUCCACAUAUAUCCUGGGCAGACCAGACUUGGGUUUCUAUAUAUUAUCAAUCUCACUAAGAAACCAGCACUUCUAGAAACACUGGUUGAUUCCAAACCUGGGGCAGGGCAAGUA